AUCCUGGGGGGUGGGGGGUCAAACUGGAAAAAACCCUCUGUGGGGGGUAUAGAUAUUUUCUGGAACCACACAAUAGGAAAACUGAAUCCGAAAGACCAAAAAGUGGCUGUGACCGCCUUAUAGAGGUGGCUAGUUAACAGGGAUUGUAUUUACACUAUUUUACUGACAACAAUUUCGGAACUUUGAUAACUAGUGCCUUACUAAGGAGUGGCCGCUUAAAAGGUAACCACUUAAUAGAGUUUGACUGUAGUUCGCCAUCCAUAACUUAAAAUGUAACUUUACUGUAUGUUAUAAUUCAGUGACUUCUUUUUGACUUACAUAUGUAUGUAAUAGUCAAGAAAUCCACUAUGGCUGAGGUUGGUAGUGUUUGUGAGUCAGAGAAAUUGCUUGGAACAUCCAGCUCAUCUAGCCCAGAUGCUAACAUGCAGAUAAAUCAAGGAGCAGAGGAUGUAUGGGUUGAAAAAGAAACUGAGAUGGAUGAAAGCUCUAGUGGCCCGGACUCAGAGGAAGAUGAAGGUGAAGGAAAUCAACCAAUAAAUGAGACCAGGAGAUCAGGUAGUAAACCAGAAAGUGCUUCCAAGAAGAAAAGAAAAAGGAAAAAAGAGAAGAAGAAAAAGAAGGAAGCUAAACAACGAGAAGCCAUGCAGCGAAAAAAGGUACAAGACGCUCUGAACAAUCAAGGAUCUGCGCAACAGAAUGGUGAUGAUGCUCGAGAGAACGAACAUGACAAUGAAGAUCGUCAGCUUCAGGAUGAAGAAAAGGAAGAUAAAACUAAAAAAUGCCCUGUUGACAGUGAAGAAAAAAACAAAGAGGACAAAGGGUAUUUUGGCAAACAUAAAGAAAAGAAAAUGACUAUCGUUUUUCAUGCUGUCCUUUCACCUCAUUUCAAAUUUGAAAAGAGUCAAGGUGACAGGAUCUUCAUGAGGUUUGGUGGAAUUGCUUUUGGAGAUUUCGAUGAGGAUGUUGUGGAGGUGCACCCAGAAAGGUACCUGGAAAAUGAGUUAAUCCUUGUUCAAGCAAAGCUCUUGGUACCAUGUUCCCUUGCUUCUCGCAAAGUCCCUUACAAGUAUGUUGUAUUCAAAGCAAAAAGGAAGGAUUCAAGGGAAAAAGAGAAGUAUUUGUGGGAGUACUUAGUUAGCUGGGGAGCUAUGAAGAACAGAUGCCUCCAAAUACCAAAAGACAGAUGUCAAACUGGAGCAAUCUGGCACCAGUAUGAUGACACUAUUUUUAGUCCACCUGGCUGGCUCCAAAGUCUUCGCAACAAGAUGCCAUUUUUAAAGAGCAUGGAUCCUGCUGAUGGAAGGAACAUUGCAACCUGUGCCAUGUUGCCUCGCUGGGAGGGUUUCACUACAGAUGAAGCUAGGACAAAUAUGACCCCCUGGGAGGCAGUAGAGGCUGUAAAUGAUAUAGCUUACUGCAUGACAGAAACCCUGGUGGAGGAAGGUUGGCACUUCACAAGAAACAUUCCUCUCUCAUAUGACUUCAGCAGGAUUUUGAGGGACUUUUUUAAGGAAAAGAUUGAGAAGAAUUCUCUACCUCAAUCAGAUGAAGAUCAAGACAAAAAGAACAGCAUUCUUCCCUUGGUGUCGUCAGUAGCAAUUGCAUAUACUAUUUAUGUACACAAAGUGCAUCUUGAUCCUCAAGAAUAUGGAAAGCUCUUUUCCUCUUUGGUUCUGCGUCCAGAUCAAGAAGACCAUACAUGUACUAGCUUUGAAAGGCUUCUGAAGCAUUUUCCAAGUGAACAGUGGCAGAACCUUGGAGGAGCUAUUCAAGCUAUUUGCAGACAUGUGGCCAAGAAUUAUCACAAUGUUCAUGACUGGCUGUUUGCUGUACCAUUGGUUCACUUCCUGACCCAGGUUUCACAGCCUUUUGGCAAUUCUCUGUUGCUCAUGGAGAAACCUAAAGAUAAGGAUGAUACAUGGUGGGGAGCAAAUGGAUUUGACACAAAAUCUGUCAGAGAAAGGACUUUUACAGAGCACAGCUGUCCUUCCUUGUUGCUGAAUGUGCUGGCUCCUUUGUUCGAGCUGGACCCUCUCUCCAGAAGGACAUUCCUUCUUGUAGUUCCUUUACAACAAUAUGGGAGAAUCGCUACUUCUGGACAGUUCGCACCUGUGGAAAUAUACACUACCCUUGCUAGAUAUUUAUCAGAAAAGAGUUACAUUCUAAAAGAAGAGAGGGAUGCAGUUGCCACCGCCUUAAGUGUAAUUCAAAAGGAUGCCAAGACAACCAGUGAAAUGAAAGCGAAAGAAUUUGUGGCCGCUGAGGAUCACAUCACUUUCAGCCAAGAAGCACUUCUCUGUGUCAUCUCUUGUUUGAACAUUCUGAAGGCUGUUUCUUCUGAUCGCAAUUUUAAGCUGCUGUGUGACUGUUUAGGUAGCAUUGAAGUAUGGGUCUCAGUGCUAGAUAAUUCAACUGUGCCUGAGCCAGAAGAAAAGCGACUGACUGAAAAAAUGAAGCAAAUGGUGGCAGAGAGUUUUGACGUUGUAAAGAAGUGGUUAGAAAAGUUUGUUUUUUUCGGCAGUAAGAUUCCGUGGUACAGUAAAGAUGAAACGGAAAAAGAGCUGGAGAUUUGGACCAAAUUGCUCUGUCUGGACUGGGCAAACAAGGAAUGUGCAGACAUUUGGAGAAACCUUGUGUCAGAGAAAUUGAAAAUUCGUUUGGAAGAGUGUGAUUGCAAUGAUUUGGUUCAAAUCCUCACUAAAACUAACAUGACAACACAGCAUAACCAUGUUCAAGACUUGGUGUCAGAAGUAACAUUCAGAAAAGUUGAAAGCAUGCUUCAGAGGGGAAAUGAAGGUGAAAUAGUUUUCAAGAACCUUUCUGAAAUUGGGCUUGACUCACCUCAAGCCUCAAAAUGUGGUGAUCUCCUUACUCUGAUGCUAACAAGAUGUUGGCCAAAACAACAAGGAGGUAUUCCAUGCUCAAGUAAAGCCAUUCUCGAGCACGUUUUGUCAUGGAGACUUUGGCCAUGCUUUCUUCGGAGAUUUGGUAAUAACAAUAUGUUUUUACGUAUUUUCAUUGUAAUGUGUUGUGUUCUAGUGUGUUGGUUUUACGCUUGAAAUCUGUUUGUGGAUCAGUUUAAUUGUGAGAGCGUAAACGAAGUGAUCUCUUUCCACUUUGUGCGUCAUGUAAUCGAGCUUACAAUUCAAUUAAAUAUGAAUCAAGAGUUCGCUUAGUCUUCCGUCGAUUCCAGUUGUUGUCUUUUCCCUGCUUUCUGUUGCCUAAUAGUCUUAUAAGGACCUGGCCACCUUUUUUUAACCUACUUAACUAUUAAUAUUGUAGGGGCUUUUCUUCUCUUCCAGUUUAGUAAAAUUGUGUCCUGUUUAAGAAACGUACAUGUACUGUUGGCAGCUAUCUGUUUUGUGCUGUGGGUGGGUGAGAGAGAGAGAGACAGAGAGAGAGAGAGAGUGAAAAAGGCGUGGGUAUUUGCUACGCUAACUACGUAUUUGCUACGGUAGCAAUUACUUACCAGGUAGGUAUUUGCUACAUUGGUAGGUAUUUGCUACGGUAGCAAAUACGGAGGGGUGGGUAUUUGUUACCGAAAGUGAGUAUUUGCUACCGUAGCAAAUAUGGAGGGUAAGUAUUUGCAACCAAACAUGCGUAAUUGCUACG